GAUGAGCUUCCACCUCUAGCGUUUGAUUAAUAGUUAUUUUCUUUUUUUGUUUUGUUAGUUUUGUGGAUGUGUAACUAAUGCGGUGGCGAUGCAGAUUAUUUGAGCAGCUGGCCUGAGUGCCGUGCCGGCUCUUGCUUGAAUUCUCCUGGAAGCCUUCUCUGGCAGAAUACUUCCCACCGCAGAGCAAGUCGCACGCACAUCUGGCGAAAGAUUGUAAACAAACCCGGAAUAUGUUAAUUUUCGGCUGCUGAUCUGCUUCUGCUGUGGUGUGCGUAUAUUAUGCAAAAACUAGUUUGAGCGUCGCGCCGGUUGUUGAACUCUUGACACUUGACUUGGCGUGCCGGCGAAAAUAGAUAACUGCCGGAGGGUUCAAUCAGAAUUUGAGAAUCGGGGAAUUGGUCGAGUCAGCAGAACUGCUGUGAGCUCAAUACGAGAGAACCAGCGAAACGAACCACAUGUAUGCGUACAAAAUGGACGGUCGAGUUCCCGAGCUGGUCAUAUGCUCCGUCAUAGUGGUCAGCCUGCUGGUCAUUCACUUCUUUUCGGAUUUACUACGCGCCUCCCUAGGUGGCUACUACAACCAGGAUGUGACGCUAUCGCAGCUGGUAGAAGCCCAAAGUUCGGACUACGCCUGGCUGCUGAAACUCCUGGUCAACUGCUUCGGCUAUAGCUGCGUCUUUGUGCCGGGCUACCUCAUCUACAAAUAUGUGGGCAGGAUCAACUAUCGAAGAGGCAAUAAGAGUUGCCUGCACAAGGCCAUAAACAUGUGCAUCACGGGUAACUCCAGCUACGAUCAGCUGGACGCUGGAGGCAGUUCGGCGGAUAGAGAGCGACCGGCGGUGUCUGCUGCGCCGAAACGGACGAGUUCCCAGGAAGCAGUGCAGCUAUUAUGGUGCUUCGGCGGCCUAAUGGUCUCCUAUCUCACCUGGGGCGUGCUCCAGGAGAAGAUUAUGACCCAGCACUACCUCAACUUUGCCGGGGAGAGCGCCAAGUUCAAGGACUCCCAGUUCCUGGUGUUUGCCAAUCGCCUGCUUGCCUUUUUCGUGGCCCUUGCGUACCUGCAGUGGCAGCCCUCGCCCAUUAGACAUCGUGCUCCGCUAUACAAAUACUCCUACGCCUCCUUCUCCAAUAUAAUGAGUGCCUGGUUCCAGUACGAGGCCCUGAAGUUCGUCAACUUUCCCACUCAAGUGCUGGCUAAAUCCUGCAAGAUCAUACCCGUAAUGCUGAUGGGUAAACUGAUGUCCAAGGCCAAGUACGAGACCUACGAGUACGCCACAGCACUGCUUAUCUCACUGGGCAUGAUCUUCUUCAUGAGCGGCUCCGCGGACAGCAGCAAGGCGAGCGGGGUGACCACGCUCACAGGCAUCUUUCUGCUGUCGAUGUACAUGGUCUUCGACAGCUUUACCGCCAACUGGCAGGGAUCGCUGUUCAAGAGCUACGGCAUGACCUCCCUGCAGAUGAUGUGCGGCGUCAAUCUGUUCUCUUCCAUCUUCACCGGAGCCUCGUUGACGAUGCAGGGCGGAUUUAUGGACUCGUUGACAUUCGCCACAGAGCAUCCCAAAUUUGUGUUUGACAUGGUUGUGCUUUCCAUUUGCUCAGCGGUCGGCCAAUUGUUCAUCUAUCACACAAUCGAUGUAUUCGGCCCAGUUGUGUUUACCAUUAUAAUGACGCUGCGGCAGGCCGUGGCCAUCAUGCUUUCCUGCUUCAUCUACCAGCACAGCAUUUCGGUGCUGGGCAUCUUCGGCGUUCUCAGUUUUGUGGCGAUCUUCCUGAGGGUCUACUGCAACCAGCGCAUGCGUGCCAUACGCAAGCGGGCCGAGGCCAACAAACCGAAAAUGGCUGUCUAACCGGAGUGGGGGAUGGACAUGCCUCGAAUGUAACGCACAGACUUCCUAGCUCAGCCCAACUUAGUGUACUGAUAUCAGCUCAUGGCGGAUCGCACUUCCGACGAAGCCCAAAUAGAGGCAGCUCCCCAGAUUGUACAGUUUUGUUUCCUAGUUCUAAGUUGAAUGUAUACUUGUAUCUUAACCGCAAGGGGUUUCCAAAAAGAAUU